GACAGAUUGUGAUAUGAACCAAAUGCUCUCCUCCAUUGAAGCAUUUCCUGCUCACCCUUCCUUCUUUCGUUCUCUCUUGUUCAGCUUAACCAUUCCACCAAACAACCACCACGCCUUAAAAAUCCCUCCCUAUUUGUUAUUAGUACUUCUUUCUUCCUCUCUCUCUCUCUCGCUUUCUCUCCAUUCCGAAAUUCCCCGUCAUGUCGAACUACACAGUCGAGUCCACCAAAGUGGAGACCAGCGACGGGGCGGCCAAGCUCCAUGCCAGGUUCUUCAAGCCUAAAGAAGCAGAAGACAAAGCAGGCGGCGGCAGGGAUGACUUGGUGAUUGUGCUCGUGCACCCAUUUACGGUUUUGGGCGGCUGCCAAGCCCUACUGAAAGGGAUGGCAAUUGGGUUGGCCGAGAGAGGCUAUAAAGCUGUGACCUUCGACAUGAGAGGAGCUGGGAGAUCCACGGGACGGGCUUCCCUUACUGGGUUCUCUGAAAUCAAGGAUGUGAUCGCCGUUUGCAAAUGGGUCUGCGAGAAUCUUGGCACCCGAAGGAUUCUCUUGGUGGGUUCCUCUGCAGGUUCACCAAUUGCUGGGUCUUCCGUCGAUCAGAUUGAGGAAGUUGUCGGCUAUGUAAGCAUAGGGUACCCUUUCGGUAUGCUGGCCUCCGUGCUAUUUGGGAGGCAUCACAAGGCCAUCCUACAGUCUCAGAAACCAAAGCUCUUCAUUAUGGGAACACAGGACGGGUUCACGAGCGUUAAACAGCUGCAGAACAAGUUGAAGUCUGCUGCUGGCCGAGUCGAAACCCAUCUUAUUGAAGGGGCCGGCCAUUUCCAAAUGGAAGGUCCUGCUUAUGAUGCUCAGAUGGUCAACCUCAUCCUCACUUUUGCAGCCUCUUUAUAAGUUAACGACAGAUGAUGGUACGUGGUUGUAGUCUGUAUGUUUGUUCAUGGUAGUAACUGAUGAUUCGGGUUGCUGCUUCUAUCACCAUGCUCAUGCUCCUUCUCCGUGCGGUGUAGAGAAUGUUGUGGACCUCAUUGAAGCUUAACCCGCGAGACUAACGAAAAGGUACUUAGGUCAGUGCUUGUGAUACAUUUCCCACUGUUUGAUAUGAAUCAAAUGAGAAUCGGUGAUCAAAUCAAUGUGGUCUUAUCAUGAUCUAUAGCAGUUAUUACACAGUUUUGCUAUCAUACUUCAUUGUACCUUGAACCGACAAGUCUAAACAGGUUCCGUCUGCAGUAGUACCAUUACACAGAGCAGAGGAUAAUGGAAUCAAUUGUGUCAUCAUUCAUGGUUGUAGAUCCACAAAGAUAGCAUUGAAGAGCAAAUUUCAAAGGAG